CUCCUAUAGUAAAGAUUUGCUUGCUCCAAUUGUCCAAAUAACGGCUUAAAAGCUCCGUUUGUUUUGAUCGUGAUUUCCACACGCAAUUUCUUAUGUAACGUAAGCGUAACAACAUAAGCGCCUUUGCCGUGGUGACGUACGGUUACUUUCACUACCGUCGAGACAACUCACUGCCGAAAAUCAUUUCGUAUACAAAAUUAACAAUAACGUUAGUAAAAUGCUUAAGUCGGGCACGCUUGCUGCACGCUUUGUGAAACGGAGCUUGAUCGGUGCGAACGGUUUACGCACAAUUACAGCACCAACACACCGCUGGCUCAGUGAUGAUCACGCCAAGGGAAGCGCAGGUACGGCCGGGGCGGACGUUGCCCCGAAUCAGGAGCUGCAGCUAACGUAUCUAACCGAGGAGGACAAACAAGGCAUCGCAGUGCUGGGAAUGAAUCGUCCAAAGGCACGCAAUUCCUUCAGUAAAUCACUCGUUAACCAUCUGCUCGAAGCGAUCGAGGUGCUUGCACACGACAAGAACGUGCGUGUGGUGAUCCUGCGCAGCUUGGUGCCGGGAAUAUUCUGCGCCGGAGCAGAUUUAAAGGAACGUGCCACAUUUACGCCACAGGAGGUAAGCCGAUUCGUGUCCAAGUUGCGCCAAAUGAUGGUAAACAUCGAGCAAAUGCCUACACCUGUUGUGGCCGCAAUCGAUGGAGCUGCCCUCGGGGGUGGACUGGAGAUGGCUCUCGCUUGUGACAUGCGUGUGGUGGCUACCAAUGCGAAGCUCGGCCUAGUAGAAACGAAACUCGGCAUCAUUCCGGGUGCGGGCGGUACACAACGACUUCCACGCAUUCUAAAUCCGGCCGUAGCGAAGGAACUGAUCUUUACCGCACGUCAGUUCAGUGGCGAGGAAGCAAAAGCUCUUGGCAUUGUUAACCAUGCCGUGCAGCCGAACGAAACCGGAGACGCUGCCUACCAGCGUGCACUUCAGCUUGCGAUGGAGAUUGUCCCGAACGGACCGGUCGGUGUGCGAAUGGCCAAGAAAGCGAUCGACAAAGGCCUACAGGUCGACAUUGGUACUGGAUACGCGAUCGAGGAAGCCUGCUACGCACAGGUAAUCCCGACGAAGGACCGCCUCGAAGGCUUGCGAGCAUUUGCUGAGAAAAGGAAGCCCAACUUUAUCGGAGAGUAACACGGAAGGUGCACCCGAAUGUCGAAUUACUCCUCACAAACAGCUCGAGAUCGUUGCAAAACAGUAGGGUAUGACUCUCUGUGAUAGAUGAAACUGCAUUUAUAUUCCAUUUUACAUAUUUCUACCGGAUUUGUUUUUGUUCGUAUAUGACUCAAAGUUCUUUCCAUUCGAAUUAAGACAACUGCGCGUACCUGGCUGCCUUGUGAAGCCUCCGCAGAAUGGAAGCAACUUUAAUAAACCUAACUAAGAUAAA